UCUCUCUCUCUCUCUCUCUUCUCCUCCGAUGGAACUUCCGGUGAAAGCUCCGGUUCCCGAUCGCCGGAAAAUUUCAUACAGAUUAGAGACCAAGAACCUUACGUAUAGAUUGUGUAGAAGCUUCAUAUUAGAUGAUUUUUGUGGUUUGUUCAAGGAAAGGGAAGAGAAGAUCGUAUUGAGGAGCGUUUCUUGUGAGGCAAGGCCUGGGGAGAUCACUGCAAUUGCAGGCCCAAGUGGCGCCGGGAAGACUACGUUGCUGGAGAUUCUCGCCGGAAAAGUUUCUCCGGGAGGAGUUUCCGGACAAGUCCUCGUCAACGGCUGCCCCGUGGAUUCUCCGGGGUUCAGGAGAGUUUCCGGGUUUGUGCCUCAAGAAGACGCCCUGUUUCCGUUACUUACGGUGCAAGAAACGCUCACGUACAACGCGCUCUUCAGGCUGAAGGCUAGGAGAAAAGAGGCCGGGACGAGGGUGAACAGGUUGAUUCAAGAACUUGGAUUGGAACAAGUAAAGGAUUCAAGAAUCGGUGAUGGUUCGAGAUCUGGGAUUUCCGGGGGAGAGAGAAGAAGGGUUUCCAUUGGAGUUGAGCUUGUUCAUGACCCUGAUAUUAUACUGAUUGAUGAGCCAACUUCUGGUCUAGAUUCGGCAUCUGCCCUUCACGUUGUUAUGCUUCUCAAAGAUAUGGCGGUUAAACAAGGUAAAACCAUUGUUCUCACCAUCCACCAGCCCGGGUUUCGGAUUCUCGAGCAGAUUAAUCGAGUAGUUUUGCUCUCAAACGGGUCGGUAGUUCACAACGGAUCCGUUAGUUUGCUUUACCAUAGGAUCAAGUUCACCGGUCACCUUAUUCCUCGCCGUGUGAACGUUCUUGAAUACGCGAUUGACAUUGCGGAAAGUCUCGAGCCGGUUGAAACCCGUAACUGCAGGGAGGUUUUGCGCUGUGAUGCUGUCAGAGAAAAGUGGAAGAGUUGCUGUAAUAACGCAGACACAGAACAAUCUGUAUCCGGAAACAACAACUUGAUACUGGAAGAAGUACUGAUACUAGGGCAAAGAUCUUGCAAGAACAUCUUCAGGACAAAGCAACUGUUUGCAACCAGAGCUUUACAAGCCUCCAUAGCCGGACUGAUUCUCGGGACGAUAUACUUGAACGUGGGCAACAAAAACCGAGAACGGAAAGUUUCACUGCAGACAAGAACCGGGUUCUUCGCGUUUACUCUCACUUUCCUGCUGUCUUCCACGACGGAAGGACUCCCGAUUUUCUUGCAGGACCGAAGAAUCCUCAUGAGAGAGACAUCAAGAAGAGCUUACAGUGUCUUGUCGUACGUUCUGGCCGAUACCCUCAUCUUCAUUCCCUUUCUCCUGAUCAUCAGCUGUCUCUUCUCCACGCCCGUUUACUGGCUGGUCGGUCUGAGACGAGAGGUUGACGGAUUUCUCUACUUCUGGCUGGUGAUGUGGAUGGUUCUUCUCAUGUCGAACUCAUUCGUGGCGUGUUUCAGCGCCCUAGUCCCGAACUUCAUAAUGGGGACAUCGGUUAUAUCGGGCCUCAUGGGAUCUUUCUUCAUGUUCUCUGGAUAUUUCAUCGCUAAGGACAAGAUCCCGAGUUACUGGCAGUUCAUGCAUUACCUGAGCUUGUUCAAGUACCCCUUCGAGUGUCUGAUGAUAAAUGAGUACAGAGGAGAUCUGUUCUUGAUGAGACAGCAAGACCUUACAGAGUCCCGGAAAUGGAGCAAUCUCGGUGUCAUGUUCAGCUUCAUUGUCUCCUACAGAGUUCUUGGAUUCUUCAUCUUGUGGUACAGAUGCUACAGAACAAGAACCUAGUAGAGUUCCGUUUCUGUUUCUGAUUAUACGACACAGAUUCUUAUUGAUUAUGAUUUUUUUUCUUACUUUGGAUAAAAUCAUGCAAUGUUUAUUCUUUCACCAACAAAUAUGUAAUUUUUUUUUCC